AUGGAAUUUCGUGUGAAUUCGCUUUCACCUAGUCCGCCAGAACAGAAAAACUUGUACUGUUCAAGAGUUCAGCUAAAAAAAGCAUGGAAGCAAUUCAUGAUCGGUGAGAUGCUGCAAAGCAUAUGCUGGGCAUCCAAUUGUGAGGUUCCAAAUUGUUCCAUCUACAUUCAGCUUUUCGUGAUCCACUUAAAAUCCUGCUGUAUUAACAUUCUUUAUAGGGAUGUCGCCCUUUUGUUUAUGCCUCCUCCAACAAAACAUGAUGUGUUGUGCAUGUAUCUCUAUUUGCCUGCCCCAUGCAGUUCGGGUUGGGUAACACUUUGUAUAAAGCAUACCAAAAAAGACGCAACAUCAAAUCUCAUUAUUGAAUAUACAGUUCUUUUUGAACAUCCCAAAGUAGCAAAAGGCCUUCCAAGGAAGGUCCUGUGGUUCUUUCCAUAG